AUGACACUCAUAAAAAUGAUUGCUUAUCACAGUGAUCAUCACUGGGUCGCUCUCAGGAGCUCAGUGGAUUCAAGUGUGGUACCAUGAUAGGUUGCCACCUGUGCAAUAAGUCCAUCUGUGAAAUUUCCUUGCUACUAAAUAUUCCACAGUCAAUUUGUUGUGGUAUUAUAAUAAAGAGGAAGCAACUGGGAACAACAGCAACUCAGUCACUGAAUGGUAGGCUACGUAAAAUGACAGAUCGGGGUCAGCGCAUGCUGAAGUGCGCAGAAGUUGCGGACUGUCUGCAGAGUCAAUAGCUAAAGACCUCCAAACUUCAUGUGGCCUUCAGAUUAGCACAACAACAGUGCAUAGAGAGCUUCUCUGCAUAGGCUUCCAUGGCCGAGCAGCUGUAUCCAAACCUUACAACACCAAAUGCAAUGGAAAGCGACGGAUGCAGUGGUGUAAAGCACGACGCCAGUAGACUCAAGAGAACGGUACUUGCCUGACUGCAUUGUGCCAAGUUUAAAGUUU